GUAAGCUUCGCCAUCCUUUCUCUCCUGCUGCCGAAAAAGGGUUGCAUGGCCCUGGUGUCCCGUUGGAUUUGAACUUUCCUUCGUCAAGACUGGACAAAACACAGCACCAUGUCGUAUCAGAAUGACGACCUCGAUGGAGACUACGACCCUUACGCCUACUCCAACGACUACGAUCUUCAUACCGGUGACCCCAAGGCUGACCUAGCGUAUGAGCGUCAGUACGAGCAGCAGACCUAUCACGUCAUCCCAGAAGUCAUUAAAAACUUCCUGCAGUACUUCCACAAGACCAUCUCUGAUCUGAUCGACCAGAAGGUUUACGAGCUGCAGGCAAAUCGUGUGUCCAGCGAGAGCAUUGAGCAGAAGAUCUAUGAAAUCCAAGACGUCUACGAGAACAGCUGGAACAAGCUUACCGACCGCUUCUUCAAGACGUCUCCUUGGCCGGAGGCUGAAGCCAUCGCCUCCCUGGUGGGCAACGAUGCUGUGUUCCUGAUCCUGUACAAAGAGCUGUACUACAGGCACAUCUAUGCCAAAGUCAGCGGUGGACCAACUCUUGACCAGAGAUUUGAGUCAUAUUACAAUUACUGCAACCUCUUCAAUUACAUUCUCAAUGCAGAUGGACCUGCCCCCUUGGAGCUCCCAAACCAGUGGUUGUGGGACAUUAUUGAUGAGUUCAUUUAUCAGUUCCAAUCAUUCAGCCAGUACCGCUGCAAAACAGCCAAAAAGUCUGAGGAGGAGAUCGAGUUCCUGAGGAACAACCCCAAGAUCUGGAACGUUCACAGCGUCCUGAACGUGCUCCACUCUCUGGUGGACAAGAGCAACAUCAACCGCCAGCUGGAAGUGUACACCAGCGGGGGUGACCCCGAGAGUGUGGCUGGGGAGUAUGGCCGCCACUCACUGUAUAAGAUGCUGGGCUACUUCAGUCUGGUGGGACUGCUGCGUCUGCACUCUCUGCUGGGAGACUACUACCAGGCCAUCAAGGUGCUGGAGAACAUCGAGCUCAACAAGAAGAGCAUGUACUCUCGUGUGCCUGAGUGCCAGAUUACUACAUACUACUACGUGGGCUUUGCCUACCUGAUGAUGAGGCGUUACCAGGACGCCAUCCGCGUGUUCGCCAACAUCCUGCUCUACAUCCAGAGAACCAGGAACAUGUUCCAGCGAUCCACCUACAAAUACGAGAUGAUAAACAAGCAGAAUGAGCAGAUGCACGGGCUGCUGGCCAUCGCGCUGACCAUGUACCCCAUGCGCAUCGAUGAGAGCAUCCACACCCAGCUGCGGGAGAAGUACGGAGACAAGAUGCUGCGCAUGCAGAAAGGUGACCUCCAGGUGUUCGAGGAGCUUUUCAGCUUUGCCUGUCCCAAAUUUCUGUCCCCCGUGGUGCCCAACUAUGACAAUGUCCACCCCAACUACCACAAGGAGCCCUUUCAGCAGCAGCUCAAAGUGUUUGCCGAGGAGGUGCAGCAGCAGGCUCAGCUCUCCACCAUCCGCAGUUUUCUGAAGCUGUACACCACCAUGCCGGUGGCUAAGCUGGCUGGCUUCUUGGACAUGUCGGAGCAGGAGUUCCGCAUUCAGCUGCUCGUAUUCAAGCACAAGAUGAAGAACCUGGUGUGGACCAGCGGCAUCUCUGCCCUCGACGGGGAGUUCCAGUCUGCCUCAGAGGUCGACUUCUACAUCGACAAGGACAUGAUCCACAUUGCGGAUACCAAGGUGGCUCGCCGCUAUGGAGACUUCUUCAUCCGGCAGAUUCACAAGUUUGAGGAGCUGAACCGGACUCUGAAGAAGAUGUCGACUGGCGGGGCCACUGGGUCGUCCGGAUCCAGCAGCGCCGUCGCCCGGGCCACAUGAUGCAGAUGCACAGUGCUUCCCAAAGGCCGUCAGAAUGGCCACUGGAUUCUGUGCCUGGCCUUUGGUCCUCAUGUUUCAGCUGAGGGGGACAGUGGCUGAUUUCUAACUCUAGGUCACACUUAACCCAUUCGAGGAAUUGCAUAGCUGGCCUCAGAUAAAAGUUUCUU